AAGACACCCAAGAGGUUUAACUAUUCAGAUAAAAAGUUGAAAUGUAACAUUAUAUUGUUUUGAAAGGCUUUUAAUUUGGAGUAGGAGCAGAUGACUUCCGGCUCGUUGCUAUGUAACGGUGGUAACUUGACGCAGCUGGUUGACUUCUGGCUUCGUGGCUCAUUGAAUUGAUUAGCUAACAUUUAUUUCUGUUUUUACAGCGUUAGAUAGCGUAAAACAUGUCUCAUGUUAUAGCCACACUUAUAGCUGCAAUACUGCUCAGUUCAGACGCUUUGGGGAAAACUGUGAAGGGACUUUUCAAGAGCGAAGUGGCGAGACAGCAAAGCGGCCAGUUCAUCACUAAAUUCAUGUACCAAGGUGAUGACAGUCUGUUCGUCUGCCGGCUCGAUAACCCCGCUCUGGCUGCAGAGAAGGAGUCCAGAUUGCUGCUGUAUCAGGACAUGGACCCAGACCUGGACAACCUCAGCUGCUCUGACAAAUUCACUCGAGCCCGGUUCAUCAUUUCACUCACUCAAGAAGAACACAACCAGACGAUCCCUCAUCAAUCCUCCCCUAAAGUCUGGCAGGCCCUGUAUGCUGACAGAUACACAUGUCAGGAAGGCGCAGUGAUUCCUGCUCAUGCUGAUCUCAGUUUUACUGUCCUGCUGUUCAACCCCGACUCAGCAGGAAACCCUCUGGAUCACUUCAGUGCAGAGGAGGCAGGUCUUCAUAGUUUCUACUUCCUCCUGCUGCUGGCCUACUUCAUCGCCUGCUGUAUCUACAUCCAGCCUCUGUACCAGGCUCUGAGGAAAGGAGGUCCCAUGCACACUGUCCUCAAAGUGUUGACCACAGCGCUGGCGUUACAGUGCUGCUCCGCUCUCUGUAACUACAUCCACUUGGCCAGGUACUCCAGAGAUGGUGUUGGUAUUCCUCUGAUGGGCAGUAUGGCAGAGUUCUGGGAUAUGGUGUCCCAGGUGUCCAUGCUGUACACGUUACUGAGCCUGUGUAUGGGCUGGACUCUGAGUCGAGGCCGGAAACCUCAGUCCAGACCUCUGCAGUGGGAACAGUCUCCGGCUUCCACGGCUGUCGCUGUCGGUGGAGUCGUCACACAGGGCGUGCUGCUGCUGUGGGAGCAAUAUUCAGAAUCACACAGUGACCAUCACAGCUACCACGCCCAGCAGAGUCUGGCAGGCCUCCUCCUCAUAGCUCUGAGGGUGGGCCUGGCCCUCCUGCUGGCCUCUGUCCUCUACCAGAUCAUCUCCACUGAGAGGAGCACCCUGAAGAGAGACUUCUACCUCUGCUUCGCCAAGGGAUGCUUCUUGUGGUUCCUCUGUCAUCCUGUCCUCGUCCUCAUGUCCGUUGUGUUCAGUGAUCACCAGAAGGAAAAGGUGGUGACUAUCGGCGUGAUCCUCUGCCAGUCCAUCUCCAUGGUGAUCCUCUACCAGCUCUUCCUGUCUCGUUCUCUCUACUGGGAAGUCUCCUCUCUCUCCUCCGUGUCACUGCCGCUCACCAUGUCCAGGACGAACCACAGGGGGCGCUACUGAGCAUGUCCACUGGCUUCACCUAAUCAUCACGGGCAAAGGGGGGGGAAACCUCCUCACCUCCCUUAACCUCCCACCCUGUCAUAAAAAAGGGGAGGGAUCAACGAGAGGAGAGAGGACAAGAAGCACUGUCACACUGCAGGGACUGUUCUCCUCUGCUGUCUCUAGGGAGAAUAAUAAUGGCUUCUAGUGAGCAAGUUACCAGAGAGCGACAAGAUAUUUACAGCAACACCCUACCUCUAGUGAUUUUUGACUGGAUUCAACAUCAACAUGAGAAUGGAGCUGCCGAGCAGGAGGAGAGGUAUUUAAUGCAGGACCACCUAGAGAAGGGACACAUGGCUUUCAAAGUAGGAUGUCACAGCUAACAGCCAAAGCACGAUUUCAAAACAGACAAACAUCUAGAUUUAAACGAUGCAUCAGCUGGCAAAGUAGUAUAAGGAAACUUCUCUGCAAGGACACAAAUACAAUCUUUUUUGCUCUUGGCUUAGAUAAUCACACAAACAGCAGAAUCACAGACUUACUAUGAGAUGCAGGGAUGUCAUUUGGAGCACAGAUUGGAGUAGUUUGCUAGUUCAAGCUACUUAAAUCAUCCCUAUCAUUGAGCUUUAUCCUCCUCACUAAUCCAGACUUGGAGGAAAAGUGAGAGAAAGUAGCACAACACAGUAAAAUAUGUCAACAAAUCCCAUGAAAAGACCAAAACCAGCAAUCUCAGUACUUUCUGAUGUCCUACCCGUUAAAAAAAAAAGGGUCAUGAAUAAUUAAUUUCAUUCAUAAAAUAGGCUCAGUAACAGCUGGGCACUGUAGUUUGUAGCAAAGAAAUGCUAAAAUAGGAGUGAAUGGUAUAUUUGUUGGACUAUUUUAUGCUGCGGAUUAAUACACAGUUGGCACUUUAAUGAGCAUUUAUGGCAACAGGAUGGCAUGUGCAGGAUUGAAUUAUAAACUACAGUGCCCGUGUCCAUGAUAACGAAGAAAGAUGACACCCAGGGGAAAUAACUUGUAUGUUUUUAUUGGGUUUUAGCCAAUAAUGAAGGUCAUAAAUCAAACUAUUGCUGCACAGACAAUUGCUAGUUUUGGUCUUAUGGGUUUUGUUGACAAUAAGAGAUGGAUGAGGAUGAAGUUAGAUUGACAUGUUUAUUAGAUAAAAGGGGGAAAGACACUUUAAUGGUCUCGAGAGAUGAUGGUCAGACGUGUAAAGAUGAAUAAACUGAUGGAUAUAGUACGUAGCUGGAUGGAAGAGUAGAGAAAAGAGUGCUUCGUCUUUGCAGAUCCAAAGUGAUGAAUAUGAGCCAAACGAUCCGUGUGAGAUCAAGCUGUACUUUAUUUAUUUCCUCACUUUCAACAUGAUUUUAUUAGCUAAACAGCAUGUGAGGCCUGAACCUUUCUUGACAAUAUAAACUGUAUGUAUCUGGAGACUCACUGCAUGACUUCUCUUUUGUUUCCCUUAGUAUUACUCUUUUUUUUUCUUUUUUUUUUUUGUCAUUGCAUCAUUAUCUGGGGCACACACUACCUGGCUUCACAUUCCAGUGUGUUCGAGAGUAAAACAUGAACUCUAAUGUUAAAAGCCAAAGUAAGCCAAAAAAAAAGAAGCUAUGGCUAUUGAUUGCUUAAAAAUGGAUCCCAUUGUGUAAAUAUUGUGCACUCUAAUGAUGUCCCCAAAACUUCCACUCUGUAAAAUCAUUCAGCUCUGGAGCCUGUAGCUUAUUUUUGGUCUUUUUGACACAUUUCACAAGAUAGAUUUCUCUUAAACUCACAUCUGACACAAAGCAAUUCUGACGUAUUUAUUUGUUACAUAUUUAUUUCUCAAAGUGAAUGUUUGAAAAGCAGCUUAUACUGAAUCUUAAUCAGUCACUGUAUAUUUUCAUAUUCAAUUAGUCUGCCAUUACUCAAGGACCACCUUCUUGUUUAUACCUGAGUUUUCCACCACAACGAACGGUCUUCAUCAGAGAUUGUUGUAACCAAAAACGACGGUUACAACAAUCUCCACCUACAUAUACAACCACUUUGAAAUCACAUGACCCGAGUUCCCAUAUUUAUGUCACAUUACUACAACUUUGCCAAUUACACCUGCUAAUAAUAUCAUGAGAUGUGGUUGAAAGCUCUGGAAAAAAACAAACUUUAAGGCUCAAUACAACAGACACCACAAAAACACAUCAAAUAUUCCAUUACCCUUUAAAAUGUAAGUAAUCUAAUAGGUUAUUGAGGGUUUCUGGCCAACAUACUGAGCCACUGGGCCAGGACUCUAAAUGUUCCUUACAAUUGCAUGACAUAAAAAUAAAUACACCUCAGUUAAUGACGUUAUACUUGAAAAUGAACUUUUGUUGGUAGUGUGUGUUUUCUGUGUAUGUGCAGUGUGUACCGUAUGUACACUUUAAACGAAAGCCUCAACUGUACAUUUUAUUUUGUCCACAAAGAUAGGUUUAUCCUAAUUAGACAACAUAGUAUGAAGCUUUAAACAUGUAGUAAAUCAGUUGCAGAUUUUUUUAAAACACACAAUACAAGCAUUCAGAUGUUCUUUUUUGCAGUAUUUUCAUUUUGCAAUUUUUUUACAAUUAUUAUUGUCUACCACCUGUGGAUAUAUGGGACCUGUGAUCAUGACAACUGUAAUUAAUAUAACUGUAAUAAAGUGAAUUUU